UUGCAACCGGCCAAGGGUGGUGCCCGUGGUAUGAAUGAGAAAAUAAUCGGUAGCCUGAAAUCUGAUAUGGAAUGGAUAUGGAAAAAAUAACUGAAUUGGGAGGGAAGAGAAAGAGAAACAUGAUCAGUUGAUAUAUAUAUAUAUAUAUAUAUAUCCUUGUUCAUUCCUUCCCUUUUUGGUUUCCAAUGGCUUCAACUCUCACCUCCAAUUCCUUUAUUCUAACCUCAGCACCCAACACAAGGCUAAACAUCAAAAUCAAAACCAAGAGGUUGAGAGUUUUCACCAAAAAGGCUGGAGCCGAAGCUGAAGACAAUGCCAAUUCGAAUUCGAGUCCUUUUAAGUUCGACUUCGGGAAAGUUCCCGAUGUCAAGUCUCUGAUCCCGGUUGUCAGCAACCCUGCUUCGGGGUUGUCGUUUGGGAGCGCCAGGAGUAAGGAUGCCGGGACUGUGUUUGUUGCCGGUGCCACUGGGCUUGCCGGUAUUCGAAUUGCGCAGAAUCUUUUGCGUGAAGGCUUUACCGUGAGAGCUGGCGUUUCUGAUCUCGGCGCUGCCCAAGACUUGGCUCGCCUUGCUGCCAAAUACAAGAUCAUAUCAAAUGAAGAAUCAAGACGUCUAAACGCCGUGGAAUCCACAUUUGACGACUCCGAAUCCAUUGCCAAAGCAAUUGGAAAUGCCAGCAAAGUCGUGGUGACAAUAGGCCCUGGUGAGGAUGGCCCCACGCAGGGAGUCACCAUAUCGGACGCUCUUAGAGUCAUCGAAGCUGCCGAACUGGCUGGCGUUGGCCAUUUGGCGAUCAUCUACGAUGGGAACCCAUCCACCGUGUCAACCUACAACGUACUGGAUGGCAUCUCCUUAUUCUUCAACAACCUGUUCUCGCGAUCUCAGUUGAGCGUCCAACAACUCCUGCAGAAAGUCAUCCAAACGAAUGUCAGCUACACCUUCAUAAAGACGAGUUUGACCGACGACUUCUCCCCAGAGAGUGCCUACAAUGUUGUCGUAUCAGCCGAAGGAAGCGCAGAUGCAAACGACUACAAAGUAGCUAAGUCUCAGAUUGCAUCAUUGGUGGCCAAUGUUUUCUCUAACACAGCUGUAGCAGAAAACAAGGUUGUAGAAGUAUUCACUAACCCAUCAGCUCCCUCAAGGCCUAUAAGCGAUCUUUUCAGUUCCAUUCCUGAGGAUGGAAGAAGAGCGGCUUAUGCAGAAGCACAAGCAAAGGCAAAAGCAGAGGAAGAAGCUCGCGAGGCUGCGGAGGCAGCAAAGAAAAAAGAAGAAGAGGUGAAAAGGCUUUCGAAGAAAGAAGCUCGGGCAUCAAGUUUAGCUGAAGAAGCUCAAGAGAAGGAUGAGGCUGCAGGGCCUUCAAUAGAAGAACUGUUUACCAAAGCAAAAGACUUUGGCUCCGGAUUCUCUUGGGACAAACUCAGCGCGCAGCUCGCUACGACAGUUCAAAAGUCCCAAGAGGAAGAGAAAGGGAAAGAGAAACCAAAAGCGCAGAUUGCAACUGUGAGGGGACAGGCAAAGGCGCGGUCUUUGCCGUCCCUGAAAGCCAUUGUGAAACCGAUAAGUUUUUUGAAGCCAAAGGAGCAGCCAAAGAAGACAGGCAAGCAGACGGAGCCAGCGGAAGUGAGGAAGGUGUUUGGUGGCCUGUUUUCGCAAGAAACCAUUUAUGUUGAUGAUGAUUGAAGCUAGCUAGCCACUCAUUAUUAUUAUUAAUGUUUUCCAAUAUUACGGUCUAGUCCUUGCUUAUUGGUUAAAGUCUAAUUUGAUGCAGAUGUUAUAGUUUGGCACAAUGAGUAUUAAUUUUCUGCCGAUGUUGAUCAUUAGGUGGUUUUUAUGAGUUUUCAGCAAAAUGAUGGUAUAACUGGAUCAUGUCUUUCUGUAAUUAAUAUUUUAUUUAUUUUUUUCUACGAGAGAAUAAAUCUCUACAACAUCUUCGGUUCUUGGUGAAUAUCAUUGAAGUU